AGUGGGAGUCUUUGACACGGGUCUUUUGGUGAGUUAUGAAGAAGAAUUCGAGAUUAAUAAUUUGCUUGUAAAUCAGUUGAGGUCUUUAGCCUCCACUUGAUUGCGUAUAUGUUCUUUGAACUGGGUUCUAGAAAAGUGGCUGUUUUGAUUAUUUGAGAAGAUGAGAUUUCAGAAAUACAGAAAGGAGGACUUUUCUUUAGCCUCAGUUGGAAUUUCUCAGUUUCUAGACAUGGGUUUUGUUUAUUUAAACCUGGAGAUUGGAAAUUUGAGUUUUUAGUCUUGCAGAGAUGGGAUUUGAGUAAUAAUAGAAACUGAAUAUGAUCGAACAUUUAGAGUCUGAGUUUGAUCAAUUUUCACUGUAACGAGACAUAGGUCUUGAGAUGUUAGACAUGGGUUCUACGAAUUCUGUAGGUUUCAAGUCAUUAUAAAGCUAUAGAGAUUGGGAAGAGCUGAGCUUUAAAUCGAAGCUUGAGGGUUUCUCUGUGUUCUGGAAGUAGGAGCUUCUGCAUCAGACUUGAGGAUUUUGAACUCUGGGGUAAUAUGUUAAAAGACCUUCUUCUUAUGGGCAAUAUGAUAAAAGAUCAUGGAAAUCUCUAAUGUUCACCUGCUUUUGCUUUUUUGACAUAAUGAGAGGAUUUUGAGUUUUGAAGAUGGACUAUACCAAAUGUACAAGAGUUGUUGCAUUCUUCGUGUUGACAAUUCUAGCCACGAAUUUUAUGGAAAUUAGGGCUUAUGCCCCCGAAGAACCUCUAUAUGAGCGUCAUUACACGGAGCGAGAAAUAGGACUAAGGCAUUGGUAUAGUUCUGAAGCAGGCAGGAAGUUGCUUCAAAGUGAGAUUGGAUCAGCACCCAAGAGACAGAGGGAUGAUGGUACAGUGAGGGUGGACCCCUUGGAUCACUUCAAGAAAUAUAGAGGCGGCUAUGACAUAACUAAUAAGCAUUACUGGAGUUCAACUGUAUUUACAGGAGUAUAUGGAUAUGCCAUUGGGAUAAUAUGGUUUUUGUGUGGCAUGAUUUAUGGUGGGUUUUUACUCGCAACCAAUCUAUGCUGCACAAAGAAGAGAAAGCUCAAGAGAAGACAAGCCUGCUCUAAACAGUGUUAUCUCUGGCCUAUUCUCUUGGGGACUAUCUUCACAUUUCUAGCCAUAAUAGCAUCUGGAGUUGUUCUUGGUGGGACCUCAAGAUUCCAUUCGAGGGCGAAAACAGUGAUAAAUAUCAUCAUGGACACAGCAGAUGAGGCAUCCAGGACCCUAUACAACACAACAGAGGCAAUGAGAGACAUCCGCGACAACUUAAAAUCAUCUGAAGAAGUUAGAAAGGCUUCUGGCUUCCUUAAUUCUACAUCCCGGAGGCUUGACUAUCAAGCUGCAGACAUAGAAAGGCAGGCUAGAAAGAACAGGCGUUUGAUCAACAGGGGUUUAAAGAUAGUGUAUGCAACAACAACUGUGGCUAUUUCAUUAAACCUGGUUGCUGUUGUUGCACUGUCAGUCUCUGUAUAUCUGAAGUUGCCCCGAGCAUUUCACCUGCUUAUUAUAGUAUGCUGGAUAUUGACAGUUCUGUGUUGGGUGGGCUUUGGGAUUUAUUUCUUUCUAGAAAGGUUCACUGGCGACACAUGCACAGCUUUUGAAGAUUUCCAACAAGAUCCAAGCAACAGCACCUUGGGCUCAAUCCUUCCAUGUGAUGAACUAGUUUCAGCAAAAUCAGUCCUACAAGAUGUCAGCAAAGGAAUCUAUAAUUUGGUGAAUCAGGUGAAUGCAAACAUAUCAGAACUGAAGGCAUCCACUUUUCCAAAUAUUGCUUAUAUCUGCAACCCUUUCUCGGCACCACCAGAUUACAAUUACCAACCAGAAAAUUGUCCUCUCAACACAAUCAAAAUAGGAGACAUUCCCCAGGUUUUGAAGGCAUUCACUUGUUCCGGGAAUACUGGAACCUGUACAGGAGAGCUCAUUUCAGAUGCUGAUUUUAAAACAGUGGAGGCAUACACAAGCUCGAUUCAGAAUCUACUGAAUUCCUUUCCUGGUAUGGAAAGCCUGGUAGACUGCCAGUUAGUAAAAGAUGCUUUCAGUGAGAUCCUUUCCAGACACUGCCAUCCAAUGAAGAAAUAUGUCAGGAUGGUGUGGGCAUCAAUGGUUGUCCUCUCAACAAUCAUGGUGGCAUUGGUUCUGACAUGGAUGACAAAACUUCAUCAUGACCAGAAACGCCAUUUUAAUGAAGGGUCGUCUGUGAAACCUCAUUCAGCCAGAGCCAGUAUGAUGGAUUUUGAUGCAACUGAGGUGGAUGCUUAUAAUGAACUGGAACCGAAAUCAAUGCCAUAACCAACACUAUAUAUAGUUGCUCAGAUAUUGUCUAAACACCCAAUGUACCACUGAGUUGAAGAGACAGAGGAGGAAGAUCCAAGAGAUAAGCUUGCAAACUGUAAAGAUGAGAAAGAAAAUAGAAACAGAUGACUAACUGAAAUUCAGAAGAUGUUGAGAAAUAUUGCAGGAGGUCAUGAUUUCUUAGUGAGUGAUGGACACUUCCUCCUAAGAAGAGUCCAUCUUGGCAAGUUCUUUUGCACUAGAAAUGAUGAAGUGAAUUCUUUCAUUGAUAUAAAAAGAUUAUUUCUUUCUUGUACAAAUUAAGGCAAAACUAGGCUGAAAAUUUAAUCCUUAUUUUGGAGUGCACAAUAUUUCUCAAGCACAUAAUAAAGUAUGAUUGGGUACC